CGGCUUGUCGGCAGAUGGUGCCGUGGGAGGUGUACAAGUGUGCGCCAAAAAUGCUGGGAAAAUCUUUAUCAUUUCCUCCCUCUAUCUAUGAAAAUAACGAAAAUAAUUACAAUUUUUUUACCGGUUUUGUUACAGACGGGGAUUUUGCUCUUGUUUCAUCCCUCCCCCGUAGCAAGUAUGCGCUCGGCAUCGGCACGGCCGCUCGGCGCCCCGCCCCAAAACGACAGACACGGUUAGGGCGGCACGCUGGGCACAAGGGCCAAGCCAGGGGUUGUAAACAAGGGCCAAGGGAAUGAAAGACCCCAAGAAAAUAGAUGCCGGGGGGCCGGGGCCGGCUUUUCAAUUCUUUGGUGUAUUAGUCCUAUGGAUGUACUAUACAGUCAGUAUGGCGAUAUCCUACGGAAGAUGCUAUACAAGAUAAUUAAAAGCAAGAAGUGCAUGCACGGUGUUUUUUUUUGUUUAGGGGGGUGGCGCGGGCCCCCUUCUUAGCGCGCGGGCGGAGGAUGCAGGUACUGCCGUAGGCACAGUAGCGCAGCAGCACCAAACAACUGCUGUAUUCAUGUCACGCCACCCACUGUAAGCACUGCGAAGAGAGGUACUGUAGGUACAGUACCUUGGUACGGCAGCAACCAGUAGUAGCACAUUGCGCAGCCUCGUUUCACACACACACUCUUUUCAUUUACUUACGCCAGCUGCCCCCGCUUCCCUUUUCCUUCUCUUCUUCUUCUUCAUCUUUUUGUCCAUCGUCUGUUGUACUGUGUUUUCUACUUUCUUCUUUCUUAAUUCGAUCUGUGUAGUACCCUCGCUACUACUACACUCCUCUUUUCAACCUCGAUUCGUCACCUUUUCUCUUUUGUCUGCUUAACCGACGCUUCGACUACACUCGCUUCGUGCCAAUACAACAACAAUGGCGUCUGCAAAGUUCCUCUCUCUCCUCGCCCUUGCUGGCGUUGUCGCUGCUGCCGACAUGCCCAUCAUCUCGAUCAAGGGCUCCAAGUUCUUCUACCCCAAUGGCACCCAGUUCUUCAUGAAGGGUGUUGCCUACCAGCAGGGCGUUGGCCAGGCUGGUUCUGGCGCGACUGCUGAUGGUUCCUCGUACCUCGAUCCUCUGGCCGAUGAGGCUCGCUGCAAGAACGAUAUUCCUCUGCUUGCCUCGCUCGGCACCAACGUCAUCCGCACGUACGCCAUCGACCCUACCAAAGACCACUCCGCCUGCAUGAAGCUCCUCCAGGACAACAACAUCUACAUCGUCUCGGAUCUCUCGGAGCCCACCACCUCCAUCAACCGUGACGAUCCCAGCUGGGACGUCACCCUGUACAAGCGCUACACCUCGGUCGUCGACACGCUCUCCCAGUACCCCAACGUCAUUGGCUUCUUUGCCGGUAACGAGGUCGCCAACCAGCUCAACAACACCGCCUCGUCUGCCUUUGUCAAGGCCGCUGUCCGCGACACCAAGGCCUACAUCAAGGCCAAGAAGUACCGCACCUCCCUCGGUGUUGGCUACGCUGCCAACGAUGACCAGGACAUUGUCGAGAACCUUGCCGACUACUUCAACUGCGGUGAUGCCUCCUCUGCUAUUGACUUCUUUGGUUACAACAUUUACUCGUGGUGCGGCUCUACUGCCACUUACGAGGCUGCUGGCUACAACCGCAUCAUGAACUUCUUCCAGAACUACUCGGUCCCCGUCUUCUUUGCCGAGUACGGUUGCAACAAGCCCGACGGUGCUGCCGGCCGCACCUGGACCGACACUGCUGCCCUCUACUCUGCCAACAUGUCUAAGGUCUUCUCCGGCGGUAUCGUCUACGAAUUCUUCCAGGAGGACAACGACUACGGUCUCUACAAGGCUGCUGGCUCCAGCGGCAGCAAGCUCAAGGACUUUGAUCCCCUUGCUAAGGCUGUUGCCAAGGCCAGCCCCCAGGGUGUCGACAUGAACAGCUACAGCUCCUCCGCCAAGGCUGCUUCGUGCCCUGCCGUCAACGGCAAAUGGGGAGCCAAGGAUACGCUUCCUCCCACUCCCAACGACAACGCCUGCUCUUGCAUGUACAACGCCUCGUCUUGCGUUCCCGCCGCCAACCUCAAGGCCUCCAGCUACGGCAAGAUCUUUGACUACAUUGGCGCUAACCAGCCCUCGGCCCUCGAUGCCAUUGCCGCUAACGGUACCACCGGCAAGUACGGCCAGUACGCUGGCUGUGAUGCCAAGUCCAAGCUUGCCAUUGCUCUCACCGCCUACUACAAGGCCCUCAAGAGCGACCCCUCUGCCUGCAAGUUUGACGGAAGCGCCGUUCUUCAGACCGCCAACACCGCUGGCGACUGCAGCAAACAAACUCCCUCCAACGGCGCCGGCACUGCUAGCUCUGGCGGCUCCAGUGGCUCCAGCGGCGACAAGAACGCCGGCAUCAAGACGUACUCUGUCAGCGCUGUUGUUGCCCUGGCUGCUCUUGCCGCUGCUUUCUAAGCAACCACGAGAGAAGAACAUGGUGGAAUUCUAUUUUUUGUAACGUGUGUAUAAAUUUGUACAAUGGAGAUGUAUACCCUCCUGGCUCUUGUGUCGUUGCACAUGCGGCGUUGGGCCAGGCAGAUGUUUAGUUAGGUGCAUCAUAAAUUGAUGAAAUAAUAUAUGAGUUUAUCUUUUUCCUUU